AUGAAGAAUCACGACGCUGAUUUAGCACGCGAUGCCGCUCAACUCGCAGCGCUAGGCCACAAGCAGGAGCUAGAGAGAAAUUUCUCCUUUGUCUCUAUGCUUGGCCUUGCCUUUUCGAUCCUCAAUUCCUGGACUGCGCUUGCGUCGAGUUUGUCUGUUGGUUUGCCUAGCGGUGGUCCUACAGCAGUUAUUUGGGGACUGGUCACCGCUGGAGUGGGCAGUUUGUCGCUUGCUGUUUCGAACGCCGAGUUUCUUUCUUGUUAUCCUACCAGUGCUGGGCAGUAUCAUUGGGCUGCUAUCAUAUCGCCUCCGAAGUGGGUAGCUAUUGUCUCGUGGGUUACUGGUUGGGUUAAUGUUAGUGGAUGGGUUGCGCUGUCUGCUUCUGGUGGUGUUCUGGGCGGACAAUUGUUUCUCGGUAUCAUCACCAUGUACGACCCCGACUUCGCACCGACACGAUGGCAGUACUUCUUGCUGUUCCUCCUAUACACAUUCCUCGGGUUCUUUCUCAACCUGUUCCUGGCUUCAGGAUUGCCGAUGAUGACAAAGAUCGCGCUGAUCUGGUCAGUCUGCGGUCUCCUCGCCACUACCAUCACUGUCUUGGCCACCAGUGCCCCUGACUUCCAGCCAGCCAGCUUUGUCUUUGGAGAGUUCAUCAACUCAACUGGCUGGCCUGGAGGCGUCGCAUUCCUCUUGGGUCUCUUGCAAGGUGGCCUUGGCCUUACGGGUUUCGAUGCCGUUGCGCAUAUGAUCGAAGAGAUUCCCCAGCCCUGCAUUCGAGGACCUCGCAUUAUGGUCGCUUGUGUUGCCAUGGGUCUCGUCACAGGCUUUGCCUUCCUUGUAUGUCUUCUUUUUGUCAUCAAAGAUGUAGAUGCCGUCGUCGCCUCCCCAACUGGUCCUCUCGUCGAGAUCUACCUCCAGGCUACGAACAGCAAGGCUGGUACUGUUUGCCUACUACUCUUCCCCAUGAUCUGCCUUGUCUUUGGUACCCUUGGUAUCAUGGCCACAAGUACCCGUAUUGUUUACGCCUUUGCCCGCGAUGGAGGCCUACCUUUCUCCCGAGUGUUCGCCAAGGUUGACCAGCGAUGGGGCAUUCCAGUCAACGCCCUCUUGCUCACUAACGCAAUCGUUAUCAUCUUUGGACUCGUCUAUCUUGGAUCAACCAGUGCCCUCAACGCCAUUUUGUCGGCUGCUGUUAUCGCUCUCGCUAUCUCAUAUGCCGUCACCCCUGCCAUCAACUGUCUCCAAGGACGCAAAGGACUAUUGGACAACCGACCGUUUGUGGUACCAGAGUGGCUCGGCUGGACCUGCAAUCUUGUUGGUAUUGCCUACACGAUCGUCAUCACCAUCUUCCUCCUCUUCCCUCCCGUUAGCGAUGUUACAGCCUCCAACAUGAACUACGCAGUGGUCGCAUUUGCAGUCAUCAUAAUUGUUUCUUCGAUUCAAUGGUUCGUCGAUGGAAGGCAUAACUUCAAGGGGCCUACUUUCGACGAAGAUGCGCUGUUUGUCAGCGGAAUUGAAGAAGCCAGUGGAAAUAAGCUAGGAGACGAUAAUGACUCGAAGGUCAACAAGAUAGAUGCAGAGGUCUAG